AUGGAUUCAAUUGACUAUAAAGAAGCAAGAUUCAAAUUUUUGGGAAUAAGAAAGCACUUUUUUAAGGAUGUAACCUAUCACAUUACAGUUUUUGAUGAUAUAGUAACGAUAGGAGCAGUAAAAGCCAUAAAUAUAUUUUAGUCAUCAGAUUGCCCCAACCCUAAAUAUAGGAUUACUCUGAAUCUUGAUACAAAAAUUAACUGGGAGAUAAACAAGAAUAGAUAAGAAUUGGAGUACUUUGAAAUCGAAUACUAAAGGGGAAAGAAAAUUUUUCAUGCAUAAGCAAAGGACCUGUUAAAGUACUUAUAAGUUUGACUAUUAUAAGAUUUAAAGAAGUUUUAGCAGGAAAGGUGAUGUUUGAGGGCAUAGGAGAUUUAUUUAAACCUAUAUUUUAGGUCGGUAAAGGUAGUUCAGCAAAAGUAUAUACAUUUAUCUAUGUAUUAAGGUGUACAGCGCAAGAAAUAUUUUAGAUAAAAGAGUUUAUGCGGUUAAGGCAAUCUAAAAGUCGUUUUUGAAGAAUUAUGAGCAUGGAAAUGGAAUGGUAUUUAUUAAUUAGAAGUUUAGUAAGCAUUCUAAUCUGAAGUUCAAAUCCUAAAAACAUUAUCACAAUAUGAGUAGAAUUUCUUGGUUUUGAAGGAAAUCUAUGAAGGCGACAGCACCUUUUAUUUAGUAACUUCUUAUUUGGAGGGGUUGAGUUUGACUAGAGAAUUAGAAAAAGCAAAAGUAAAUUUAAAUCAUUAUAAAUUAGACUUUGCCUGAGAAACGAUUACCAAUUCAAAGUAUAAAAAUGAUAAUGAGGAAAUUGCUUUCCAAUUUAAAAAUUCUCCAUUCCCAUAGAGUAUAAUAUAUAUAUAAAUAAUAGAUAAUUCAUCGAGACUUAAAACCUGAUAAUUUGAUGUUUGCUAUAAAAAACGAUUAUUCUUCGUUGAUUUUGGUAGAUUUUGGUCUUGCUACUUCAGAAUUACAAAAUAAGUAAUUAUUAUUUUUAUCGAAAUCUAUAUAAGAUAUUUAUUUCCAAAGUGUGGUACACCAGGUUACGUAGCCCCUGAAAUAUUGAGUUCAAGAAGUGGUUAAAAGUACAAUAGUAGAGUUGAUAUAUUUUCUGCUGGCUGCAUAUUCUAUAAAUUACUCACAGGGCAAAGUUUGUUUCAAGGAUAGAAUUUCGAAGAUGUGUUGAGAUCAAACAGACAUUGUAAUAUUAAUUUAGAACUGUAUUAGGAUGGGAGUCAUAUAACAGACUAAUCAUUAGUAUAUAAAUGAAUCUAUGUUAGGAUCUAUUAAAAAAAAUGUUGAAUCCAGAUGGAAAGAAUAGAAUCAAUGCUAUACAAGCAUUGCAGCACCCAUUUUUUGAUUUAAAUAGUGAAUUUAGUACGUAGGCAAUGUAGACUUCUAGUUAAUAAAUGAUAAAAAAUGCAAUUCAUCAAUUAAAUCUAGCUGAAUUUGAAUCAAAAUACAACAGUCAAAUUGAAAUUGGGGAUGAAAAGAAUUCUAAAAUAAAUGAUCUAAAGAAAUAUUCUUCAAUAACUGAAGUGUAAUAUUAACAGAUGUCACUGUCAGCCAAAAGAAGUAGUAGCUAAUUCUCAGGAACAUUCUUUUAGAAGGAACCACUAUCCAUAAUGCAUAUAUUAAAAUUAUAAUCAGAAAGUUCAUAACCCAUGAAGAACAGUAACUCAUAAUAUUAAUUGUGA